AUGGCAGACCCCGUGUUCCUUUGGAUGGACAGGGAGAUCCAGAGGAUGCGAAAGCAUGCAAAAUACUUUCAGGUGCCUGAUUUGGUGGUGCUCGAUCUCCCUAUUGUGAUUGGCUUUGCGUGGGCUAUUUGGCAGAUGUUUUAUCCAUUUGAAAUAGAUAGUGAUAUCCAUGUUUGGUCAACCGACAUUUCUGACGAGCGUUUGCUAUCUGGACCAAACUCAGAAGCAGAUGCAAGACGACCAAACGGCAUGCACAAUAAGAAACCAUCUAAAAGGGUCCAACAAAAAAUGGGCCCAAUUGUAUUGAACAUCAGGUCUAUUGUAUCAUCUUUGGCUAAUCCCAAUCGAUGGAAAAGGUCACCGCAAAAUCACCAACAUGCCAAUGGUAUUUACGGCCGAACAACAAAUCCCUCAAUAUCCUGUAAUCCGCAUGCUGGACCCGUAAUUUCCGAUGCUUAUUUGCGAAGAAAAUUACUGACUUCUCAGGAUGAAGACUUGCUCCGCUUCAAUCCAAUUUAUUGGAAUGCUUGGGAAGAUAAAAUCUCAUGGGAAGAGGGGGAGGGAGAAGAACAGGAAAAUAUGAGUGUGUUUUCCGCAUCUGCACACUCGAUCUCGCAAACCCCCACCGGAUCAAUAGGCUCUCUACUCGUUUCAACAGGCCAUAACACCCCAAAGUCCAGAAAUGUGUCUUCUGGAAUGCUGCUAGAUACAUCGCUUAUUCCAAAGAUCACAAUUACAUCUCCCGUUCGCACCUCAUCCCAAAAUGUCUCCAGACUUGGCGAGUCUUCCACCAGGCUUUUGUUGCAGGAGGAGAAUUCCAGGCACGUUGGAGAAUUAUCAUCAUCACCACUUGACGAUGUCUCUUCAUCUCCUUCCAAACCAUCACCCUCAUCAGCAUCUCAGCCCCCUCCACCACCAUUAUCAUGUUCAUCUUCAGAUUCAAAUCGCCUCUUUGGUCCAAGUACUUCUUCAUUGUCGCAAAAUAGCAGGGGAUCGUUACUGGAUAGAUCUUCAGCAGCUGAUGGCCUUGUAAAGACCUUGAAGUCGAAAAUACUUAACUCAGUGCUAGCUAGUGGCGCUUGGGAUUCCUUCAUUGUUUGGGAUGAGGAUAAUAUUAAAACCGACGGCUUCCAUGCCUUUUUCCAGCCCUACCUCUCUGAAAUGGAUCCAGCCCUCAUUCUAGAGCGAAUAGAUUCAUUUUCGUGCUCAUCAUCUAUAUUGAUGCCUCCAAUUGCAAAGAGAUCAAAUAUAAUCACUUCACCCUCAGUCCCCAAAAGCGAUGGCAGUGGACAAGCCAGAGGAGCAGCAGGCCCCUGGCCUGUUCCGCGUUCCUUUUCAUUUCCCAUUAUUUCGGAUAGAUACAAUGUCUCUGGAGAUAAAUAUUAUUUGCCGAAAGACCUCCUUGCUGAAGAGGGCCAGCGUCCAGGCACUGCCGGUGCCUCUAAUAUUGCACUUGUUCAUUCCAUUCCUGCUUUGAAGCUUGUAAAACCUUUCUAUAAGGCGUGGAUAACCAAAUCCGAGUUGCGAUCCUUCCAUCGAUUUCCCUUUGGAGCGAAAUACGCACCGAGGGUUACAUUCAAGAAACGUGAAGAGGGGCUCCCCCUAUUAAGUUCGUCUCCCGGAAUGGAUGUUGUCCUUCCACCGCAUUCUGUACAUGCCUCGGCCAUGAUUCCUCGUUCUGUCAAAGAGCUUACAAUUGUUCCUAGCGAUUCUAUUGACCAACAGCCAUCUCAUCUGUUGCUGGUAGAGUAUUCCGAGGAGUUCCACAUUCUUGUACAAAAAGAGGGAAUGGGUAGUCUCCUUUAUCGAUAUUCGCGAGAAUCUCGCACAUCGCUUCCUACAACAUCUCCAGAGGGCGCAAUAGGGAUUUCGAUGACACUGGGCCGCCAUGAACCCAGUCCAUUUUUGGGAUUUGGUGAUGUGCGUCCGGGACAAACAGUGCUCUGCCUUCAAAAUAAUCUUUUCAGAGCUCCGCUAUUCAAACACGAGUCGGCUAAAACAGACUUUCUGCUCGUGCGCCAAUGGUUUGAUGGAGUGAUGCAGCCUUCAGUGUUGAUGGAGUUUCCUGCAAUUCAUGUCGCUGGACAGACCUUGCCAAUGGUUGAAGUUUUUGGUCCUCAAUCUCGAAAGGCAAACAUCUAUUGCAAAAGCAGGGUUGAGGUAGCCGCUUAUCGGCAGUUUCAACGCCCCGGGAACCUUUCAAGAAGGGCCAAAAUAUCAAAAAUUUGCCGUGCCUUUCCUCAAUUUCAGGAAAGUGUUCUCCGAAAGUGGCUGAAGGAUAUUUCGGAUUACCUUCGCGUCAACAAGGAUACGGGUUGGUGGAUCCUCAAAAAAACGGCCCCUACACUCUCGGAAGACGAACUUCGAGCAUUGAUGACUCCAGAGAUGGUUUGCAUUUACGAGGCAAUGCUUGCAGGCAAGCAACGACUCUUGGACGCGGGACUUGGACAUCUGGCAGAUGAAGAUGGAAAUCCAAGGGACGACGAGGACGAGUUCUCAUCUCUCGUUACUGAAAUCAAAUUGGCACCAUGGAGUAUAACACGGAAUUUUAUUCUUGCCACACAAGGAAAAGCGCUUGUAGAGCUCAAUGGGUCUGGAGACCCGACCGGCUGCGGCGAAGGAUUUAGCUUCAACAGGAUCCCCUUGAAAAGCAAUACCUUUCAUCAGAAGCGAUGGUCAGCGUCUCCCGCGAACGACCAAUCCGUGUUAGAUGAGGACAAAAAGUAUUCCAUUGCCGAACAGCAACAGGCAUAUCGCGAGCAAAUAAUGAAAAUAUGGGAUGCUCAAUACAACGCUCUUUUAAACCCGAACAGGCUCUCUCAAUAUAAGGGCAUUUCAUAUGAAGAUCAGACAAUGCUUCCUAAUAGCUUCCAUGAGCUGGAUGAGGUUGACGAAAUUGAUGACGAGACCCUCUCACAAUCGUCCUCUCUAUCAUCAUCUUCGAGCUUAGGGAUUUCCAGUUCUACCACCAUCCCGCCCUUUCCAAAGCAAUUGUUAAUCAAGCGAAAAGUGCUUGGGGAAGAUGGAACCAGUGUGCUUUACCAAACAGAGCUUAUAAAAGAUUCAAGGAUCAUUAUUGAGUAUUUGGAGCAGAAGCGGUUUGAGGAAGUGGCUCGCAAAAAGUUGGUUCAUUUGCUUUCUAAUUUCAGGAAAAGUAGCAGUGCUAAAAUUGGUGGUGUACCCGCAACAACAAGUGCGCCUGUUGAUGAUGAAAGCGGGGCGCUACUAAAAAAGGCAUGUUACCAUAUUUUGACGACCAGAUGA